AUGGACGUCCACUUCCCAGCCAAACCCCAGUAUUACAAACUCCUCCCCUCACCGUCUGUGGAGCAGUCUGUGGCAGACACUGACCUGGAAUCACUCCCCCUGUUGGUUUCUGGAGACAGCAGCACUUCACUGGCUACCUACGUCAACAUCCUGCCAUCUAAAUCAACCCACAGUCUGGGAGGGCCAGAUCAGGAGCAGAUGGGAAGUGGGACAUACUUUGAAAUAAAACUGGACAGGUCACCAGAUGACUAUAAGAACACAGUUCUGUUUCCUCUGCCUGCCAACCACACCUCAUGCCUCCUGCUAGGCUCUGUUGACCCUCUCCGGCAGCCCCCAGGAGUGCAGGACAGCUUGAUAGCAGCAGUGGUGCCACAGUGUGGGGAGGGCUUCUCAAGCAGCAGCAGCCAGCCCAGCAUCCACAACCACAGAACCACACUGUUCCGACAUCGGGAACACAACUACGACAGACAAUGCAAGAAACAGUUUGGAGAGCUGAAGAGUGCCUGCAGGCAUGCAGAGAUACACUCUGAGGGCACUAGAACACUGGAGUUCUUUAUCAACCAUCGCACUAAGCCCACAUUCACCCAGGAGAGGAACAAUCUGCAUGCUAUGGCGGUGUCUCAGCGUUACUUUGAGACUGUGUCGACUCAGUUGGAGCUUUGGUACGAGAGGAAGAUUGUAGAGGUGGAGCAGCAGACGGAGCUCAGAGCCCAGCAGGACACGAAGGAGCUGCUGCAGCGAAUAAAAACACUGGAGGAGGAACUUCAGAGGCUGAAGACCAAUGAAAAUGCAGAAAGCUGAUGCACCCUGUGACAUUGACUAAUGUUGGAGGGAGACAGCAGACA